GUAGUAGUAAGCAGUAGUAGUAACGAGUUUCGGCGGGGAAGGCGCGUUCGGGCGUUUGGGCGUUCGGGCGGCGUUCGCUAUAGAGGGUUAGUCUGGCUUAGUCAGACCAACCGCCAACCAAUCACAGCGUUGGUAGAGCACGCAACCCCUUCCCUCCAUAACGCGAAAUCGCUGUCCCGACGUCAGGAUGAAUGGGGGUUUUGAAGGUUUGACUGAGGCAGCAAUACCCAUUAGUCAGCCGUUCUCUAUUUUCUUUUCCUUUUCUCUUCUCUUUUUAUUCCCAUCUUCCCUUGUCCAUCUACCCCAUGCGCCGUCCAGAUUAGAUGGAUGGAUCCAGCAGAUUUUAGAUGAUAGAUCUAGACGAUCCGGUAAAAUGCCAUGCAUGUGCUGCGUGUGCACGUACAUAUUGAUGUGAUGGCACGUGACCCGCCGCGUGCCACAAAUCUCGGUCUG